ACGGCAACACCAUCCUAUGGGGAUAUGUCAAAACAAUUUUUUCCUAUUCGAGGGGGAAUUCCUAUGCAAGUUCUGACCUCAACGGCUGUCCAUGAGCACAAAUUAAACUGUAGGCUUCUUCUCUAAGGAAUACUUUAUUCAUUGUAAUUGGGUUAUACUUUAGUUUAUAAUGGCUUUUACGAUGUUUCGGCCGGUGGCAACUCACCCCUUCUCCUCCUACCCUCCUGACCUCAACAUGAUCUCGGACGACGAGGAGAACCGCAGCGAGAGCGACGGCAGCUCUGACCAGAGCUAUGGAUGCUGUGCCUCUUCAGAUAAGACUUGUCGGCAGCUUUCCCGCAUGGUGGGAGUCGGUGGGGUUGUUGUGGUCAAACAGCGCAACACAGCCAACGCCAGGGAGCGAGACCGGACCCAGAGCGUCAACACGGCCUUCACCGCGCUCCGGACACUCAUACCCACGGAGCCGGUGGACAGAAAGCUCUCCAAAAUUGAAACGCUCCGGUUGGCGUCCAGCUACAUCUCGCACUUGGCCAACGUUCUGGUGCUUGGGGACGGGCGUGAGGAUGGGCAGCCGUGCCUGAGUGCAGUGUACCGCGCGCAAGGACAUGGCGAGAGGAAGCAACCCAGAACUAUCUGCACCUUUUGCUUGAGCAACCAGCGAAAAUUGGGGAAAGAUGGACGGGGUUGUCUGAAAAUGCAUGGAGCCAGUGCAAUACGGAUGAGCCAAAAAUAGACGGCUCUCAGACUUCAAGGAUUGUUGAAUUCAAGUCAGCACCUCAGGGAAAAAACUCCAGCUAACACACCUACUGUACAUAUACCGACACAUAGGUCAGAAUGCCCUCGAACUUUGGGAAAAGAUUGUCAAAAAGACGAGUUUAAGGAAUUUGUUUGUGUGAGAAAAGGCUGCUCCUCUCUGCCGUAAUGCUGAUAAUGGAAAAUGUGAUUUUGUAUUUACAUUUUCAUAAAUGAGACUUUAUUUGGUUGCCUUUUCAACACCAUUUUGAAUUUUGCUUUAAAAAAAUAUAUUUUUUUACAUAGUUGUAGUUGUCCCUAGUCUUUAUUUCAGCCACUCAAUCCCAAAAAUGUUGUGGUGUUAUUUUGAUAUAACUUACAAAAUGUCUACCAACAAGGUGAUGUAACAGAUUUUUUAAAGAUAAAGUAUGUCUGGGAAUUUC